UCGCUUUACCCUUUAAUAUAUACAAUUAAAUGUAUAGGCAGAAUUGUAAUAUGUACAGCAGCAAUACGUCCUGCCAUCAACUGUGUUCAAUUUGUCAUUACUUCGAUUGAAUUAGUGUGAAGCAAAUGAGAUAAAUCAAUACUGAAGAAGAGAAAUAAGAAUGUAAUUUGUUUCACGCAUAUGUAUAUAUAAAGUCCUUGUUCUUGUAAAGCUGUUGAUUUUGAAUUCCUCCAAUCUGUGAUUAUGGAUGAAAAUCUCAGUAGGGGAUACAUCCAGCUUGGUAAAGCCCGUGCAGCAAAUGAUUUUCGAUUUACAAAUGGUUUUAGUCAUCUUUCACCUCCAGUUGAUAAAUGCAAUUGUAUCUACUUUGCAUUAGUUCUAGCAGGUGUUGGUUUUCUUCUUCCAUAUAACAGUUUCAUCAUUGCUGUAGAUUACUUCCAAGGAAAGUACCCAGGAACCACCAUUGUAUUUGACAUGUCCCUUGUUUAUAUAGUGAUGGCAUUCUUUGCUGUACUUGCCAACAAUGUCCUAGUGGAGACAUUAUCCCUGAACACUCGCAUCACUUUUGGUUACCUCGUUUCUUUCUUCACACUGUUCUUUGUGGCAAUAUGUGAAAUAGGACUGGAUAUGUUUGAAACCAGCACAUCUUAUACCAUAAACCUAAUUGCAGUGGCUGUUGUGGCACUUGGCUGUACUGUACAACAGUCCAGUUUCUAUGGCUACACAAGUAUGUUACCAAGCCGCUACACUCAAGCUGUCAUGGCCGGGGAGAGUGCUGCAGGUUUCUUGGUAUCUGGUAAUCGUAUCCUAACAAAGCUCCUGCUUGAUGAUCCAAAAAUCAAUACUAUCAUCUUCUUUGUGAUGUCUAUUGGAAUUGUGGCACUGUGCUUCUGUUUGCAUCAAGUUGUACGAAGAACUGAUUUUGUACAGUUUUAUAUCACACUCUGUCGUGAAUCACACAAGAUUGUGCUGGAGCCAACAGAAGAUGUUGGUUUGAUGGAUCCAUUGGACCAAGCCGAUGGCAUGAUAAAGAGUCAGUAUGGUGUGCUUAAACUGCAGCAGAGCCCUCUAGCAACAGAUUCUGGAACCAGCAGUUCUGACAAUGCAGCAGCAGCAGCGGCAGCAGCUGCUGCUACAGGACAUUACUCGCCGUUCAGCUUCUCAAAUCCAGUUUAUGAGCCCACAGCUGCCAAUGCACCUGGCUCUGGAGGAGCUGAAGGUCCAACCUAUAAAGUAGAGGAUGUUGUUAUCCGCAUGAAAAGUGUGUAUGGAUCCACCCAGGGAAAGGCUUGGGGUGGAUUGAAAAGAGGCUUCAUAGCACGAUGGGAAGUAGCAAAGACCAUCUGGCCGUACAUGCUGUCUAUUGGACUGGCAUAUUUUGUUACCCUCUGCCUGUAUCCAGGCAUUGAGAGUGAGAUUAUCAGCUGCAAAUUUGGCAACUGGAUGCCUGUAAUUCUCAUGGCAGUCUUCAAUGCUGCUGAUCUUGUGGGGAAAGUCCUGGCAUCAGUGCCGUAUGACUGGUCACGGCCGCAGCUUAUUGUGUUUGCGUGGCUGCGUACAUUAUUGGUACCCUUGCUACUGCUGUGUGCUACUCCUCGAGGUGAUCCUCUGAUCCCGGGAGAAGGAUACCCCAUGUUAUUUUCUUUGCUUCUUGGAGUGACCAAUGGGCUUGUAGGCAGUGUGCCCAUGAUCCAGGCUCCUAGCAGAGUUUCUGAAGAACAUAGAGAACUCACAGGUAACAUCAUGACACUGUCUUACAACAUUGGUCUUACUGCGGGAUCUCUUGUGGCAUACUUAUUGGAUGCAAUUUUGGGUCCAUCACACCCCAACACUUGUAAGCCAGGGGGGCCAUCGUUAAUGAGACCAACACCAGAUACAAAAAUUCCACAAGUUGUAAGUACAGUUACUAUGGUGACGCCUCUAUUGACAAAUCUAUCAUCUGUUGUACCCACUGAGGCAGGGUCUAGUAUUGCUCCAAAGCAGCUUGUUGGACUUCUCAAUACUACAGUUGCUGCCACCACAACAACAGCGCCAACAACCCCUUCAACUGCUGUUACUGCCACCGUCCUAGCUACCACUGUCCUGGGGAUCGCUGUGCAUACCUUCUCACCUGAACAGUUCACGCCAGCUCCCACCGCCAUUAUCAAUGGUACUUCUAGUUCUGGACUUGUUACCUUCAACACAACUUUCACAAAGUAGGUACUGUGGUGAGUGUAGUGAAAUACAGAUUUACAAUAGACUCUCAGAUUAUCUGCAUAGCAAGAUUGUAGCAAAAUUUCUGAAAGACAGAAAUUAAUUCACAUUGUAUACUGUGAAAACAGAAGAGAAUAAUUUCGUUGAUAAUUGUAAUUUACAUCAUGCCAUUGCCAUUAGCAUGAAAAUGCAAUUGCUUAUUCUUCAACAUUCUAGUUUUCUUUUGAAUUUUCGCCAGUAAUACAUCAUAAUCUGUUAUGUGUCAUACAAAAUGCUUCCAUGUCCACACUUCUGUGGUCUUGUUGCUAGGAGAUGAUAUGUGGUUUCUAAUGCAUACGGUGAUUUAUGUCCAUCACUGUGUCAUUACUAGGCAUCCAUGUACAGUUUGAUGCAUGUCCACUGCUGUUUUAUUGCCAUUCAGCCAUGUAUGAUUUAAUGUCCACAUCCGCAUGAGAAUGUACUCUCGACAGGGUUUAUGGAAGGCGAAUAAAUGAAAUGAAAUGAAAUGUAUGAAGUGAUCAACAUGUGGCUAAGGAGGAGAGAUUCGGUUAGUGCGUGCCUGCUUGAGCCAUUCCCGGUAUAGAGGGAAUGACCAGUAGAAAUCAGAGCCCUCCUCUUGUUGAAGAGAAGGCCUCAUUUCAAAACAUCUAAAGGUCUUGAAAAGAUAUGGUGAUGGGUCCCUAUGAGACCCAAAACCAGGGAAUACUUUGCUGGCAAGGGCAGGCAGCAGUUUAACUGGCCAAGUGUCCAACUGACCAUGUAACCAGUGGCUAAACAUAGAACAUGUGUGUGUUAUGAUAAGAAAGAACAAUUCAGGGUAAAUAAGCAUGUUACUGUAUAUUUUUGUUCAUGAAUAUGAAUUGAUAAGUAAGAAUAAUUCAGCAUCUCUUCCUUACACCGUUCUAACUUAUAUGCGUCAAGAUUGUAGUCUUUUGGGUUGUGAUACCAUGUAGUCUUGUGGGUUGAUAUUGACCUUUCUGAGGAAUAUACUGCCUCCAUUGUCAGAGUUGAGAUUUUAGAUUCUGGAAUUGGUUCAGUUAUAUAGGCAGGUUCAAGAAAUAUAUCAUGAGAUGCAGAAAAGCCCCUGAUCUAGACCAAUGAGAAGUGAGAAGUAAACAAUCCUUUUAAGUAGGACACUAGUUUAUCAUUUCAUGUGGGAAAUGGGAUACAGAGGUUCCUUCUAUGGGUCCAGUGUUGUGUACAAGAGGAAAGGUGGAAUUAUGAGAGAAAAUGGAAAAAGAUGGAAAAAGGAAAAAGACAGGGCUCCAGUAAGGUUUUUCACUGGAAAGAACUUUGAAUCCAAGAAUUGAGAAGAGAGGCCCUUUUCAGGGCUCUUGCUGAUGACAUGCAAGGAAGACAGCACUACCAUCCCCCCCAGCCACUUGAGGGCUCGAGUAGAGGAAUGUCAUUUAGGAGCUUUUCCUUGGAGAAGAACUUCUUCUUCUUUUCUUGAGGUAGUGGACAAAGUUGGCACUAACUUCACCAACAAACGGCGGUCGCUCAGU